AUGGCUGAGUGCGAGCUGCUGCAGGGUAUUGCUGCGGAGGCGGUUAGCUGCUGCAUCCGAGACGAUGGAGAGCUCCGCAGCGGUGGCGCUGCCGCUCUAAGCGAUUUGCUGCAGACUGUGGGGCCGCUGCUGCUGCGUCGAGUGGCAGCAGAAGCAGAGCUGCUGCUGCAGGGGGGCUGCUUGCAUGCAGCAGGAGCAGCAGCAGAGACAAGGGAAGAACAGCGGCUGCGGCGGCUGGUGGAGGUGCUGCUGCUACUGCAGCAGCAGCUGCCUCGGGUGUUGCAGCAGCGGCUCUGUUCCUUCAUUGCGUUGCAGGUGUCUCCUGUUGGUCCGGUGUAUAGACGAACUAGCAGCAGCAGCAGCAGCAACAACGGCAGCAGCAGCAGCCCCUUCACUUCUUCUGCUGUAAGGCCGUCUCCCUUCGUUGGCGGCAGCGCCUCCUUGCGACGCUCUGUUUCCUCUGGUGAUGAUGCAGCUUUCUCAGCCCCCUCAGCAGCAGCAGCUGCUGCAGCAGCAGCUGCUGCAGCAGCUGCUGCUGCUGCAGCGGCUGUGACCGUACGGAGGCCGCUGCGACGGACCCUCGCGUCGCUGCAGCAACCGCAGCAGCAGCAGCUGCUGCUGGUGAAUGGCGCCCGCUGCAGCAGUCUGCAUGCGCAGCAGCAACACGAAGCGACAGCUGCAGCAGCAGCUGAGGAUCUGCAGGCGGCUGUCGCUCCUGCUGCAGCUCCUGCUGCUGCUCUAGUUGCAGCGCCUUCACCACCAUCCCCAGCAGCAGCAGCAGCAGCAGAUCCGCCGCAGCAGCGCGCGAACUUAGCGCAGAGGUUUCAGCAGGCGGGAGAUGUCUUCUCCCCUCAGAGACUUGUAAGAAAAAUUGGUUCGCUGCAGCAGCGGCAGCAGCUGCAGCAGCAGCAGCAGCAACUGCUGCUGCAGCGAGCACCUUCAGCUAUCACCCACGGUCACGUGACUCUGCGGCGCAAGCACUUCCUCUCAAGCUGGAUAGACACCGCAGCAGCAGCUGCUGCUGCUGCUGCUGUCUUGUCUCGCGCUGCCGCGCCUUCAGCUGUAGCAGCCCCACCCGGAGCAGCAGCAGCACAAGCAGCAGCAACAGCAAAUACAGCGGCUGUUUCCUCCAUAAAGUGUAGCAGAGAGAGCAGCAUGCAGCAGCAGCAGCUGCUGCUGCUGACGUGGCUGCAACAGCUCUCUAACGCCUUCGCCCUCACCAGCAGCUCUGCUGUUGAUCAACAGCAGCAGCAGCAGCAGCAAGACGGCUGUACUGCUACGGGGCUGCUGCGGCUCCAGCGGAAGCGGCUGCUGCCAGUGUGUUCACUGCUUGCGGUUGCUUCUGCUGCUGUGGGGUGUCUCCGCAGCGGCUUUCUUGCUGCCUGUGUGGCAGCACAGCAAACGCAGCAGCAACAGCAGCAGCAGCAGCAGAAGCUGCUGCCGCAGCUGCUGCAGGUGUUGCAGGGGCUGGCGGAGCAUCUGGGGACCGAUGGCCGCCCUCGAUCGAUUUCAACUUUGCUGCUGUCGCAGCUGCUGCUGCAGCGGCAGGUGCAGCAGCGCAUGCAGCCGGUGCUGCUGCUGCUGCUCUGCGAACUCAGGGACGUAACACUCUUCUCCCUAGCAGAGGCAGCAGCAGCAGCAGCAGCAGGAGGAGCGACAGCUAUGUUGUUGCCGCCACCAACAGCAGCUCCUCCUCAUCCGACCUGUCCUAUGCUGCAACAUCCACUUCAGCAGCAGCAGCAGCAGCAGCAGCAGCAAACGGCGGACGAACUGCUGCUUGGUGCCAGGCAGCGGAAGCUGCAGCAGCUGCUGUUUGCUGUUGCACUCGAGGAGAUGUGUCUCUGCACAACCGACAGCCGCAGCGAAGAGCCUUCAAGCCCUUCUUUGCUACAGCCAGCUGGUGCUGCCGCUGCUACAGGCGCGGCUGCUGCUGCUGCUGCUGCUGCUGCUGCUGCGGCUCCUGCAACUGCAGCAGCCCGCUGCAAUGCAGACACUUGGUGGAGCUGCACCGUUAUAUCGCGCUGGCUGUUGCUGCUGCAGUUGCCUACUUGGAGAGCAGCAGCAGCAGGCUCAGGAGAAGACGAAGCAGCAGCAGCAGCAGCUGCAGCAGCUGCGGCGGCUGCAGAUACACCUCAGCAGAUCCUUGAGGUGUUUUACAGGAACAUGCAGCAGCUGCAGCAAGGACUGGCGCCUCUGCGGAGGGCUCUGCCGCGCCCACCAAGCCUGCAGCAGCAGCUGCUGCAGCUAUCCCCACGAGCGCAGCAGCAGAUGCAGCUGCUGCACCUGUCGCAGCAGCAGCAGCAGCAACAGCAGCUGCUGCUGCACUGCAUCGGCUUGCUGCUGCGCCACCGCAUCCGCCGACUGGAGGCAGCUACUAUUUUUCUCUUUGCCGUGAAUCAGCAGAAGCAACACGAGCAGCAGCGGCAGCAGCAACAGCAGCAGCAGCUGCUGCUGCAGCCAGCAGUUCUGCUGCAGCAAGCGGAGAGCCUUCCGGCAAGACGGGGCUCACUGAUGCUCCAGUGUGAUUCUCUACUGCGGGAGUUUGCUGCUGAGUGCAGCAGCAGCAGCAGCAGCAGCAGCAACAGCACACACCCUUCGCCAGUGACGGACGACCUGCAGCAAGGAGAUGUCUCCUCUAUCUUUUUGCAGCAGCAAGGGGCUCGCUGCAUAGCCCUCAUGCUGCAGCUGCUGCACUCCCGACAGCAGCAGCAUCAGCAGCAGCAGCUCCUGCUGCUGCUGCACGUAAAGCAACAUCCCCACCGACAGCUCAGCAGCAGCAGCCUGGCGGCGUUCAAUGCGUUUGCUGCUACAACAUUUUCCUCCGAUGUACGUGUUGCUGCUGCUAAGGCACACUCAGCAGCAGCAGCAACAGCAACAGCAGCAGCAGCACUGGCAGUGACACCAGCAUCAUUUGCAGCAGUAGCAGCAACACCACCAGCACCAGCACCAUCAGCAGCAGCAGCAGCAGUAGCAGCAGCAGCAGCAGUAGCAGUAGCAGAAUUGCUGCUGAUGCAUGCGCUGCCUCUCCCUGCGUUGCUCGCGCUGCUGGCCUCAGUCCUGCAGCACCUCAUAGCAGCUUUUGCUUCAGCAGCAGCAGCAGCAGGGACACCGUCCUUGCGGCAGCGGCGGUCUAUGGAUGUGCAGUCCCCUGCUGCUGGUGCUGCUGCUGCUGCUGGUGCUCCUGACUUGCUCCCACAGCAACAGCGGCAUGCGCAGCAGCGGAUGGCCCUGCGUGCUGCAGCAACAGCAGCAGCAGCAACCGCGAGAGCGCUACAAAGCUGCUCAUGUUGCUGUAGCAGCAGCUACAGCAGGAACAGCAGCAGCAGCAACAGCAGCAGCUUAUCUAUCCGGAAUGUGGGCCUUGCUGCAGAUUCGCUGCGAGUCGCAGCAGAAGAAGCAGCAGCGUCUCUUGCAAGCUCAGCAGCCGCAACUGCAUCAGCAGCAACAGCAGCAGCAAAUGCAGCAGCAGCACAAUCCUGCGUCUGGGAGAUGGCGGGAUGCGCGCUAGCCAGAGGCAUUGGCGCAUGCUUUCUGCUGCUGCUGCUGCAGCAGGAACCUCUUGCCGUUGCCGAGUCUAGCAGCAGCAGCAGCCACAAGCUGCAGCAACUGAUGUCUCGCAGGCAGCAGCAGCAGCUGCAGCAGAGGAUGGACACUCCCUUCAGCGAAUCAAGAUCCUCAAUAUGGGGCGAUCUUGCUGCUGCUGCUGCAGGGACACCAGUAACUCCAGCAGACAGGCGCGCAGCAGCGGCAGCAGCAGCAGCAGCAAGUGCAGCAAUAUGUUGCCGAUGCCUUACUGCGCUAGCGGAGGCAGCAGCAGCGGCAGCGGCAGCAGGACGAACUCCGUGUUUGUUGCUGCGAGCCACUCUUACACAGCUUUUCUUUUCCGGCCUCAACUUGUCCUUGCGGAUGCACUGGGGCCCCAAGGGCCACUACAAAACCUUCGCAGGGUCAACUGCUGCUCUGCAGCUUCGGCAUGAGCUGCUGCACUUGGGUCGCGCCCUCUUCCUAUGCGGGCAGCGGCAGCAGCAGCAGCAGCAGCAACAACAGCAGCAACAACCACAACAGCAGCAACAGCAAUGCCGUUUACAUAACAGCGACUGCAGCAGAAGCAAAGCAUGUUGCGCGCUGCACGCUCCAUUUUUUUGUGCCCCGGUGGCCUCAGCAGCCGCUGAUCUGUGGCUGCGGGUGGUAAUAGAGGCGGGUAUCGACUGUGGCUCUGUAGGCGAGAGGAAGCUUUCGCGUCAGCAGCAGCAGAAGCAGCAGCAGAAGGCGCAGCCGAAGCAGCAGCAGAGGCUCUCUCACCUGCAGCAGCAGCAACAGCAUCAGCGCCACAGAGAAGUUCUCUGCGCGCUGCUGUACACCGCAAGCCAACUGACGGGCCCCACAAUCGACAGCCACCUCUUCAUGCCGUGCAGCAGUGAAGCUGCUCAUGUUCACCUGCCUGGAGACGCGGCUGCGAGUUCGCUGCCCCGUCCUUGGCUGCUGCUGCUGCAGCAACAGCAGCAGCAACAGCUGAAACAGCGCGAAGGGCUACUACGAAACCACACGGAGAGGAAACUGCAGGAAGCUGCAGAUGUCUGCUCCUUAGCAGCAACAUUUGCUGCAGCGUCUCAUAGAGCAGCGAGCGGCGGCAGCGCCUGCGAGGCCCUGCAAUGUCUCCAUGCCCUUGAAACCAUCAGCAGCAGUAGCAGCAGCAGCAACAGCAGCAGCAGCGGCAGCGAGAGCAGCGCAGAGUCGGAGGCUAUGAAGCGUUUGAAAUGGAAGGCCUUAAUCCUAGCUGUGGAGCGGUGGACAGAAAAAUUUACUGACUGUCGUAGCAGCAGCAGCCCGACGACCAACACUAGGGGCGUGCGCUGCUGCUUCCGCGCGUUGUGCAGCAGCAGCUGCAACAGCAGCUGCUGCAGAAGCGGCAGCAGCAGCCGCGCUUCUUCUGCCUAUACCCCAGAAGCCGCUGCAGUUGUAGACGGGGCAACAGCAUUGCUGCUGCUGCUGCCGGCUGCUGUAAAGUCCAGUCCGCCUCAGCAGCAGCAGCGGUGGACAUUUGGGUGCAUGCAGCAGCAGCAGCAACAACAGCAACAGCUGCAGCGCGGUAUGCGCCAACUGGCUCCAGCGGCAAUCGUGUCGCUGCUGCAGCAGCUGCUUGAUGCAGUUCCUGCUGCAGCCCAGAGCAGCAGAUUCGUGUUGGCGUUGCUGCAGGUGCUUUCGCUGCUGUUUGCAAAAGAAGGACAGCAGCAGCAGCAGCAGCAGCAGGGGCAGCAGCAGCAGCCGGAGGAGCAACAAGACAGACAAGCAGAUCAGGAUCGGCGUCUAAGCUAUCAGGAACAAUAUGCAACGCUGCUCAAUUCGGUGCUUCAGCAGCUGCUGCAGCAGCUGCUGCAGCAGCUGCUGCACUCGUGGGCUCAAGAGGGAGCUGCGGGCCCGGCGCUUUGUUUGUUUGGUGCCCUGUUGCUUACCGACGUUAACCUGCCGCAGCAGCAACAGCAGCAGCAGCAACAACAGCAGCAGCAGCAGUAUCAGCAGAAGCAACAACAGCAGCAACAACAGCAGCAGCAACAACAGAAGCAGAAGCAGCAGCAGCAGCAACAGCUGGAGCAGCAGGCGCAACCGGAAGGAAUGCAGGCGAUGGAGACUUAUCUCUCACAGCAGCAAGUUCGGCUGCUGUCUCUUGAGCUGUUACUGCUGAUCGUAGAGGCAGCAGCCGCAGCAAAACGACGCUCUGCGAAUGCUGCGGACGGCACAGCUGCUGCUGCUGCUGCUGCUGCAGGCGGCUGGCGGCAGCUGCAACCCAAUGUAGCGUUGCAGCUGCAGCGGCUGCAGCUGCAGCAGCUGCAGCAGCCCAAUGCGCUGCAGUCCAAACCUCAAGCGCAGCAGCAGCAGGCCUUUAAUGGUGUUGCUACUGCUGCACGUGCAACGCAGCAGCAACUGCUGCAGCGAUGCUGGCAGCUGCUGCUGAGGGAGUCAUUCAGCAGUUCUGGUAGGUGCUUUGAAGCUGCAGCAGCUGCUGCUGCUCCUCUGCUGCUGCAGGCGAAGCAGCCCCAGGUGUUUGCGUCUGCUCCUGCUGUCCUCAGUGCCACGCGACAGGUGCAGCAGUUGCAUGUUCUGCUGCAGCAGCAGCAGCAGCUGGGUAGACCGGUGCAGCUGCAUGCUAGUAGCGGAGACAACCUUCCUCCGGCGGCUGCUGCAGCUGCAACGUCUGUUGCUGCUGCUGCCUCGCAGCAGCAGCUGCUGGAGAGGCGUGAUGAAACACAGCAGCAGCAGGAAGCGGCAGCAGCAGCACCUCCAGAAGCUGCCACUGACGCCAAGCUCAUGAUGGGCAUAAACAAGGAGGCCUGGCGUCCCCGCACAGCAGCAGCAGGUCCGGCAGCUGCUGCUUCAUUUGGAACGCCAGCUGCACUAGUGCUGCUAGCAGCGGAGCUGUGGGCAUCGGCGCACCUCACACUGCAGCAGCAAGAGCAGCAGCAAGAGCAACGGCACGCGCAGCAGCUGCUGCGGCAAAUGAGUCACAACAGCACUAGCAGCAGCCGCCGUAGCAGCUGCAACAGCACAGGCACUAAAGGGCUUGAAUGUGACUGUGGAGAGCUGCAGCGGCGCUGCUUGGCUGCUGCAGCGACUGCUGCGACUGCGUUGAGAGACGGAACGUUUCUGCUGCUGCAGCAGCAGCAGCAGCAGCUGCAGCAGGUAAUCACGCAAGGCUUGCCUUGGUCUGUAGCUUGGCUUUGGGCGGAGAUGGUUGCUGCUGCACUUGCUGCAGUCCGUGCUGGUGCGCCAAAGCAGUUUUUGUUGGGGUCUUCCUGCUGCGCAGCAGCAAGCACAGCAGCAGCAGCAGCAGCAGCGAACGGAUGGCCGUGGCUCCGAGCUUGUUGGGUGUCUGGAGCGGAGCAAGCGCUGCAGCAGCAACAAGAUAUGUGCGCCGAGGGAGAGUGUUUGUUGCUGCUGCUGCAGCAGCAAAUCCCAGCAGCAGCAAUGAUUUCCACCUUUUCAAAUGAAGCACUCGACAGCCCAACCGGCCCGUCUCCCGAUUUGCUGCUGCGCAUCCACAGCCAGACGCGUCCUGCUGCUUCUGCAGUGUACGGACCGCUGCUGUAUAUGCAGCAGCGGCGCGAGGAGCUGCUGCUGCGCAUGGCGCAGCAGCUGGAUCUACCUGGGCUGCUGCUGCACAAACAGCAGCUACUGCUGCUACAGCAACACAAACUCGUGCAGCAGGGCCACCUCGCCUCAGGAGGGAGACGAGCGUCGCUUGCUGCUCAGCUCCUGCUGCUGCAGCAGCAGCAGCAAAUACUGCAGCAACAGCAAGGAACCUCCAGGCGCACAUAUGCAGCACUCCGGGGAAGUUUGGAGACACUUGCCACCCAGAUGUGGGGCCGCUCUGCUGCUUCAGCAGCAGCAGCAGAGCGCGCAGAGGAAGAAGCUGCUGCAGCAGAAGAUGUGGAUGUAUAUGAGCUCCUAGACUCGCCGUCAGAUGCGUGGUGCAGCAGAGAGAGCAGCAGCUGCUGCGGCGAUUCGGCUGAUGCAGCAGGAGCGACAUUGUCUUUAGCUUUCUCUCACUUGCUGCUGUCAAAGUUUGCUGCUCGCAGCGGUGCUGCGAUGUCUCCGCAGCUCGGCUUGGAGCAGCUGCAGCGCAGCAGCAUCGUUGGGGGCCCUGCUGCUGCUGGACGGCUGGAUAGCGCUUUGCUGCUCUUCACAGCCCUCCGCUGCUGCCUUACUGGGGCCUCUUGCUGCUGCUGCUGCUGCAGUGGGCAGCAGCAGCAGCAGGGACAGGAGUUUCACGAACGGCAAGGCACGCGUUGCUGCUUGCUGUUGGAGGACCGCACCAGGGUGCAGCAGCUGCUGCUGCAGUGCAACGGGACGUUUGCUGCGGAGCAGCAGGCGCUGCUACGAGGGAGAGGAGCGGUCUCUGCUGCUCAUCUGCAGCAGCUGCUGGUGCUCCGGUGUACAUACAGCGCAGUUUGCUGCUUCCUUGAACGAGCCGCUAAGGAAAGCUGGCUGCGGCCGUGUGAAUGUGCUGAUGUGAGAGCUGCUGCUGCUGCUGCUGCAGCUGCAACUGGAUCAUUAUCAACUGGAAGCGGCAGCAGGAGCAGCAGCAGCAACAACAGCAGCAGCAGCAACGCGUGCUUCUGCUUCCCCAAGCAACGACUGGCAAUGCUUGCUGACUCCAUGGCCUUCGUCGCAGACAUGCUAGAGCCUGCUGCACUUAGCAGCAGCAGCAGCAGCAGCAGCAGUUGUUCUUGCUCUGGUCGCAGUGCAGCUGCUCGUUGCGGCGCCAUCUGCUCCAGAGUUCCCAAGGGGCAUCGGUAUAUGCGCUGCAGCAGCUGCUGCAGCUGCUGCACCAGCAGCAGACGCCUCGUCCAGAAGGAGCAGCUACCACCGUCUCUUUCACUUCCCAGCAGCAAUGCUAGCUUCUGCUGCAGCCGCGCAAACACUUGCGUUGUUAAGCAGGAAACACCUGCUGCUGCUGCGCUGCUGCGGCUGCUGCUUCUUGAUGAGAUCGAGCGCCUUGUGGCUGCGUUUUGCUACAUUGUGCCCCAAAACCCAGCUGAUGCAGCAGCAGCAGUAGAAGCAGCAGCGGCAGCAGCUGGAGCAGCAGCUGCUGCGGCGGAGGCAAGGGCAGUUGUAGCAGGCCAGGCAGGCGCCACCAGUAGCAGCAGCAGCAGCAGCAGCAUCAACAGCAGCAGCAGCAGGCCCUGGGGAAGUGCCCGGGCGCACAGAAUGCAUGCUUUGGAGCUUGUAGCCUCUACAGCAGCAGAAGCGGCAGUCUCUGCUGCACAGGAAGUUCACUGGCCUGCUGCUGCAACGGCUCCGCAUCCGGAUUUGCAGCAGCUGCGGCGCUUGCUGCAGCAGCAGCCAGCCUCAGCAGCAGCCUCCCGACGCAGCAGCAACAAAGGCUUACCUUCGGAGAAACUGCAAAAGAUGCUUAAAGAGCGGCCAAAGGACGCUAGCGAGCAGAAUGCUGACGCUGCAGCAGCACCAGGGAGCAGUACAGUCGCAGCAGCAGCAUCCGCAGCAAGUUUGCUGCUACACGCUCCACUCUCUCUUGUUGCUUCGGCGUCGAUGCGGCUGCAAGCCUUUCCUAUUUUUUCUGCUGCAACGUGGGCCUGUCCUGCUGUUGCAGCAGCAACAGCGAACCCGGUGUUGGCAAUAAGGGAGCUGCUGCUACUGCAGCAGCAAACCCCUGCAGAAGGGGCGUCCGCUCUGUGGCGUCUGCUGCUGCUGCUGCUACAGCAAGAGGUAAUGGGCUGCUUACGCUCAGUACUUCCAUCUUGCGGGUGCCUUCUCGGUGGAGCUGCUGCAGAGACACCGCAAUUGGCUCAGCAACACAACCAGAAGCAGCAGCAGCAGCAAAUGCGCCCUCUUCCCGCUUUGGGGAUGGUCAUUCACUGUCUCCUCUACUGCAGCAGUUCUUUGCCAGUCCACGGCUUGCUGCUGCUGCUGCAGCAGAGCACAGCAACAGCAGUGGCUGCAGCAUGCUGCAUCAGCAGCAGCAGCAGCAACAGCAGUUGCAGCAGCGGCAGCACCACCCGCAGCAGCAAGCGCCACACUGCAGAGAUUACAGCUCCUGUAAGUGAAGUUGCGGCUGUUGGCCCCACUCAAAUUCUGCGUGCGGCUGCUUGCCAGGUACUUUUGCUCAGCAGCAGCAGCAACAGCAGCAGCAGCAGCAGCAUCCCAGUAACGCCGCAGCAGCACCUCUUUUCCUUCCUACAGCCGCAGCUGCUGCAGGCCCUUCGUGUCGACCCAGGGAGAGCUCUGGAAGGUGCUAUCAUUGCAGAUUUCUGUAGGCAGCAGCAGCAGCAGCAUCACCACCACCACCAAGAAGGCCGUCUUGGAAGCAGCAGCAGGUGUACAUACCGCCAGCUGUCUUUAGUGAUGCAGCUCGACUCUGCUGCCAAUCUCGAAGACAGUGAUCCCCUUGCUGCCAAAGCCAAGCAACUGCGGACUGAGCUGUUCCGGUUGAUGAGCGCGGGGUCUAGGGACUUCUUAGACAGUCAAGAGCAAUAUUGGAAGGCAGUGAUUGGUUUGAGCGGACGUGCAGUGGUUCUUCCUCCUUCUGCGAGGAAGGCCUUCUUCGUGCAGCAGAUAGCAGAGUUGCAGAGGGCAUCUCCUUGCGAGGGCUUUUGGCUGCUCACGGAGGCCCUGAAGGUUCAACGGCCGUUGCCUGAGUCGGCGACAGCCAUGCAAUCUGCAGCAAAGGCCCCAUUUCUGCUGUCUUUUGAGGCCGCUGAGGGCGGCAGAAACCCCUCAUGCAUCUUCAAGCUUCUGGAUGACCUCCAGCAAGAUGCCUUAGCUGUCCAGGCUAUGCGUAUGUGCCUAUCGGUCCUCGCUUCUGCAGGGGAGUCUUCGUGGCUGCGACCGUACGGCGUCACUGCUGUAAUCCAGAGAGCAGAACCAGCACACCAGCAACAGCAUCAGCAGCAACAGCAGCACCCGCACCAGCAUCUGUAUGACAGCAGCGACGAUGGUCCUCUCGCAGGGUUUGCUAGCGCCUCGGCAGGAGCAUCUGCAGUGGAAUCCGCAGGAGCGGCAAGCAACAGCAGCAGCAGCAGCAGACAGCAGCUUCUUCCCACCGCUCCCCACGGGCUUCAGUCCGACUCGCCUCCUGCGGGUGAAGGCGUCUCAGGCUCUGCAGCAGCAGCAGCAGCAGCAGGAAGAGGGCGAAAGGCUGGCUGCCAGCUUGGCGGUGCAGUGUCUGUGGUUGAAAAUGCCUUCAGCCGGCAUCAAAUAGGAAAGACAUUUGGCUGCUCCCUUGUUGAAUUCUUUGCGCUGACGUUCCCCAAAGAAGCCAGCAGCAGCACCAGCUGCAGCAGCAGACGCAGCAGCCUCCGAAACACGCACGCAAUGCCGCAACCUGCAAAUGGCGACACGCACUCUGCUGGUGCUGCUGCUGCUGCACCAGCAGCAGCAGCAGCAGGCCACAGAUACUUAGGAGAGGGGAGGGCUUCUGGGCAGCAGCGAUUCAGAGGAAGCAACGACAGCGACGUGGACGAGACGCAACAGGAGCAGCAGCAGCAACAAGUAGUGCAGCAGCGUGUGGGAACGCAGCAGCAGCAGCAGCAGCAAGAUGAGGUGCUGCUAAGCGGGCGGCCUCACCGCAUUUCCUUUGAAAGCGCCACACAGAAUUUCGCUGACUCUUUAGCUGCUUAUGCUGUCCUCAGCUACCUGCUGCAGGUUAAAGACAGACACAACGGCAACGUGCUGCUAUCGGUUCAAUCGGGCCGUCUGCUGCACAUUGACUUUGGGUUUAUGUUGGCGUUGUCUCCCGGCGGGGACAUGGCCUUUGAAAGAGCUCCAUUUAAACUCACUGCUGAGAUGUGUGCUCUUCUAGGCAAGGAACAGAGCCCACAGUUCCGCUCCUUUGUUAACAAAUGCGUCAGAGGGUUCCUUGUUCUACGGGAGAGGGCAGACGACUUCAUAUCGCUAUUCGACGCGAUGCAAUUCUCUCGCAUUGCUUGUUUCAAGCCCUUUGCUGUGGAGCACCUCAGGGCUCGGUUCCAGCUGCAUUUGUCUCCUUUACAAGCGGCGGCGUUCAUGGAGACGAAAAUUUGGGAGGCGCUUCAGUCCCUCACCACGAGGGCAUACGACCUCGUGCAGCAUCUGCAGCAGGGCAUUCAGCACUAG